AUGGACGAGUUGAUAGUUAAUGUAGACGAAGGUUCACUUGAUGUGAACCUAAAUCUGAUGAGUAUUGCAUCAAAUGAUGAUGAUGGACUUACAAGUCUUGAAUCACCUGAUGAAGAUGUUGUCCAGCAUAUCCCCAGUGGGGAAAGUGCUUGUGCUGCUGAGGAGGUUCAUGAGGGUAAUGAUCCUCAAAAGCAUGCUUAUGAAAGGAAGCCAAGGAAGAGGACCUCUCCAAUUUGGAAUGACUUUAAGGAAUUACUGCAAUCUGGUGUGAAGAAAGCUCAGUGCAUUCACUAUAAAUCUAUCAUUGGCAUUCCUGCUUCGGGCGCCACAACUCAAUUUCAUAGGCACUUGAAUAGCUGCAUUCCACGCAUAGCAGCUAGCAAGAAGCAGAAGGUGAUUACAUUUGACUCUGAUUGUAGAAAUGUGGGCUCCGCAUCAUGUUUUACUUACGAUCAUAAGAAGGUACGAGAGCUUGCUUCUCAUAUGAUACUUUACCAUGAGUAUCCUUUUAUGGUAGUGGAACAUGUUUUGUUUAACAAGUUUAUGAGGGCUAACACUCCUUAUUGGCAAAAGAUAUCACGUGCAACUGCUAAAAGUGAUUGUAUAUCUACCUAUGAAAUAGAGAAAAAGAAACUGAAAAAUUUGUUGAAAAAUGUUAACAAAGUAAACAUAACUACUGAUAUGUGGACCUCAGGUCAGAAAGUGUCUUAUAUGGUAGUUACAUGUCAUUUUGUUGAUUCUUGGUGGCAUUUACAAAAACGUGUUUUGAACUUUUUUAAUGUCCCACCCCCUCAUAGUGGUGUUAUAAUUGCUGAUGCACUUCAAAAGAGUUUCAUUGAGUGGGGAAUUGAGAAUAAGGUAUCUACAAUAACAGUAGACAAUGCAAGAAACAAUGAUGUGGCCAUUCGAAUUUUAAAAGAUGAUUUUUCUUUGAAAAAGACAUUAGCUGUUAAGGGACAACUCUUUCAUGUACGUUGCUGUGCUCAUAUUACUAAUCUGUUGGUGCAAGAUGGUAUUAGCCAAAUUGGAGAUAUUGUGGAUUGUGUUAGGGAUGGUAUAAAGUAUAUAGUUGCAUUGGAGGGUAGGUUGAAGCAAUUUGCUGAAAUUGCAAAGCAGUUACAAUUGUCCUAUAAGAAACUGAUUUUAGAUGUUCCUACUAGGUGGAAUAUCACUUAUAUGAUGUUGUCUACCGCAUUAGAGUUUAGGGAGGUGUUCCCAAGGUAUGAAGAUAGGGAUCAAAGCUUUCGUUGGGUGCCAAGUGUUGAUGAUUGGGUUAAAGUUGAGAAUGUUUGUCAUGUUUUAGAGGGUUUUAAUGAGGUGACAAAGAUAGUAUCAGGGAGUAAUUACCCAACUUCUAAUUUAUUUCUUCCUGAGGUUUGGAGAAUAAGAGAUGUGUUGGGUAAAAAAUCUAAGGAUGCCAAUGUUUAUGUAAGAACAAUGGCAGAAAAAAUGUAUUUGAAAUUUGAUAAAUACUUAGGGGAAUGCAAUCUGCUCAUGGCUAUUGGUGCUAUUUUGGAUCCAAGGUUUAAGUUGAAACUUGUACAAUUUUGUUUCCAUGAAAUUUAUGAAGAGCCUGAAGCCACUAGAAAUGUUGAAAAGGAGCACUAA